AUGUAUAAAAAUAUCACACUCUCUGAUGAAGACGAAAUCAAGGAAUUUAUGGCAUGUCUUCGCCUGCGACCAAUGCACAUUCAAUUUGCAAAAACAGCCAUUAACUCGCUGUAUCUCGACGGUGUGGUGGAUGCGUCAACUGUGUUGGACAUCCUCUCGCUUUGUACUCGUGUGGAACAUCUUGCUAUAUUGAUUCAUAUAUAUCCGGCCAUGGAUGAUCGAUCAUCACUAUGGCUCACCUUCGAUCAUCUGCCACUCAAGUCCUUGGUGCUUUACACGGGCAUCCAAUUCAUCAACUACAUCACCACGUCCCAUGUUUUGACGAACCUUACCCAUCUUGAUCUCAUCGACAGAGAGGUGCUCAGAAACCCCGAUACAGGCUUGGAGACUCUUCAUUCUUUAACCCACAUAUGUCUGGUGCUUCGGAUCGAUAGUUCUCAUCUAGCUGCAAUCAAAGUCAAAGUCACAAUUCAAGCUGUGGACGGAGAUUGCUCCCUCAAGGUAUCUGGAAAACCCAAAUGUUUCCCCAUUGCUGCACACUAUCAAUUACCCCUACGUGCAUUGAACAAAAAAUUUGGUCUCUACAAGAAGAUCAUCAUUCAUCUGCGCGGCUCUUCCCAUUCUAAUGCAGUUGACGUGCGAAACACGUUUCUGUCGAUCAUGGGGUAUAUGAAAGAUGUUUUGAUGGCGUUUCUGGCUGACGCUAGUGCAUCCGCCAACCCACUAGAAUCAAAUUUUAGAUCUCCAGCGUUGGAUUAUUACCUGUGGUUGGAUCACAAGGCAGACGGUUUUGAUGAUACGGCUCGCGCGCGCCUGAAGAUGCAAUGGAACGUGACCUUCGAUGCCCUCAAGAAUGGAAAGUGCGAGGACAUUUUGAAAUUGCUUGAUUGGCAUGCAUACCACAAGCUAAAAUGCAACGACCAUGAUUUCUGUGGGGCGAUUCAGGGCUGCGGUGGAGGUGAAGAUGUCCAGUCCUUGUUCCUUGCUGUCGAUGCCUUGAUGGACGAACUUGACACACCUAACGAAACGGUUGGAACACAACUACCUGGUGCUUCAUCAGGAGUAAUAACUGAUGUGGAUAUCAUAGAUGCCCGUGGGCUGAUUUCGACAAACGUAUGCGAUAACUGUAGGGCGACAUCUGAUCAGAAAGUGCUGGAGACCGAAACCAAGCAGCACGCGGUGGUGCAGCUGAAAGGAGAUUGCUCGUAUUCUGAUCGCGAAGUACAAGCGGUGCAUCGUUCACAAGACCAAGUGAUUCAGACUGCAGUUGAUCACAAAGAACAUGCGGUCCAAGCCAACGAGGGUCGCUUCUAUUCUCAUACAGACCAAGUGAUUCAGACUGUAACUGAUCACAAGGAGCAUGUGGUCCAAGUCAAAGAGGGUGGCUCCUAUUCUCAUAAAGAAUUACACGCAAUAUCUCAUAUGCAAGAUCGAAGUAUCCAAACUGAAACAGCGAAGGAGCAUUCAGGACAACUCGGGGGACAUAAUUCCCGUUCUGGUAAUGUAGUACCUACUGCUGUGUCGCCAAUCACUGAUCAAUGCAUCAACUACGAAUAUUAUGUUGAUUUUAAUGACCGGGCCUCAUCCACCAUUGAUGACCAAUGCUCUGGUGGUGUAUCACAAAUCCCCGCAGGUAGCGUUAAGCCACGGUCUCCACCUACGUACGAUAGCUUCAGCGUAGUUGCAGAGGACUCGGCACGAUAUUCGGUUGAUCCGCCCGCUAACAAAUCCAGACUUCUUGAUAGCGAUGGUGGUCUACAUACUGGUACAAGAAAUUAUGACCAUACUGCGCCUCUCACGAAAUCAGCACCACGAGGCCGUAAGCAAGAGUUUAUUUCUACAACAAAACCUCAGAAAAAGGGCAGCAGGAAGUCGCCUUCGGAGCAUGGAAGACCCGUUGUUUUUGCGAAACAACAACCCAUGCCGAGAAAGAGGAAGGCAGGGAUCGCACCUACGCAAUCACGAAAUUACACGAUCGACGACCUCGUGUCUGAGGCUGAGAUGGACACUCAAAACAUUCAACCUCAUAUGCGGUCAUUUCUGCUUGAUCCAAACAGAGAUGAAUUCAUCGCGACACAUAUACAAACACAUCAUGAUGAGCUAUUAUCCGUGGCUACCUUCAUCGCAUCCCUACUGCGCGCGGGAAGCCUAUCAAAUGAUCUCAACCCAGGCGCAUCAUCAUUGAUGUCCAUUAACCUCUGGCUUGAUUAUAUCGCACAGGAGUGUAAACAGGCGACUGAGAUGGACAAUGGCACGCUGCCACCACUGUCCCACUGCGUCCUCCUCGAACUUUCCGCUUGCGCCAGGAAGGAUGAAACGUCCUUACGUGACGCAUUACAGAAAACCUUCUGGGAUAACAAGAGACGCAAUCGUUUGUCACCCGUUCUUUUAUAUCUGUGCAAACUACGCAAGUCUCAGCCUGGUGCAGAUGAUGAGUAUGCACGUGGAUUCAAAGUUUUGGCACAGAUGAUACAAAACAGUCAGACGAAGCCUUGA